AUGGCCGGCAAAGGCCCUCUUAGGCGAAUCACGGACCUCGACGAGCUCGGCCCCGGCGCGACGCGACUCACGGCCGAAGUACUCUACGGCGACGCGUUGCGGACGUUCGUGAGCGAUGUGGAGCGGCUGGUGGGCACUGCCGGCGAGGGAGUAGCGGUGGCGCCACCGGCGGCGACGGCAGCGGCUGCGGCGGCGGGAGGAGGAGGAAGCGCAGCACGGGAGGCGUUCGCGCCGCUGUCCGGCGGGAGGCUGUCGUCCGACGUCACUCCGACAGACGCGCUCGCGCUGGUGGCUGUGGAGCUCGAUGCGCGGGAGUCGCCCUUGUUCAUGGAGCUUCACAAUAAGCUGCGCCUCGCGCCACGUCCCCUAGUCAAGCAGCUGCGCCGGCUCUCCCCGAGCGCCGUGCGCCUCCUCGCCGCUCUUCUCCGCGUCCCCGCGUCCCUCUCCGCGCACCUUGCGACUCUCCUCCACGACUCCCCCAGCCCCGCGGAAGCCGCCGCCGCCGCAUCAUCUCCCACUCAGAUUCUCACACGCGCUUCCGCCGCCUUGGACCAUCCAGUAACCGCACGACCCACCGCGAGCCCGGUCCCACCAACAGCGGCAGCGGAAGACUCCGCGGAAGCCGCGCGGGAGCAGCGCGCGAGUCGUGCGCGCGCGGGGAGCAGCAGCAGCAGCAGCAGCAGCGGGUCGAGCGGCCGCGGCGCCGCGGCCUUAGUGGCUUCUGACAAGGAACGGGACAAGGCGGAAAAGUUCUCGCUGAUAUCGCGCAUCGUAGCGUCACCGGUAUGGAUCAACGCAGCAAGCAGCCGCCGCAACCGCCGCAACCAGGGCGCCAGCGGGAAGAGUCCCGCUUGCGGCACCAUCCCCCCCGUCGCCCAUGGUAACACCUCCAGCAACCCCAAGACUCCCAGUCACCGCAGAGUUACCAACGGCCCCGGAACGACGAGUCACGGGCUGGAGCUUGCGCACGCUGAGUGCGCCGCCGUUGCCCAUGCUAGUAACACCUCCAGCAAUCCCAAGUCUCCCAGUAACCGCAGCGAUACCAACAGCCCCGCCUCGAAGGGUCACGGGCUGGAGCUUGCGCAGGUUGACGGCGCCGCGACUGACGGUGACGGGGUGGAGGGGCAAGAGACUGACGGGACUGCGCGGGGGGAGCAGGACGGGGGAAGCGGGAACGAAGGAAAGACACGUUCGAAGCGCACGUGGAGGGAAGGAGAGGCUGCAGGAACGCAGGUGGCGGUUCCGCCCUGUGGUGGUGCUACUGGCGGUGCCGGCACGCGAUGCACGCGCAAGCGGCAGAAGCGCGUGAAGCUCGCGAUCGUGCCGCAGCUCUCGCAAUCGCUGGCGAAAGCGGCGAAGGCGGAGGAACUCGAGGAAAAUGUCGGAAUCGCGAUGGAAGCGUGCGGUGGUGUGGUUGACUUGGGGUUGAGCGCACCAGCGGUAAUCGAACAGGAGGUGAUAGAACUUGAAACAGCAGACGACGCCUCUACUAUCCAACCUGCUAUUCUCACCGCGGCGGAAGGAAGCGCGGAGGGAAGCGCGGAGGGAAGCGCGGAAGGAAGCGCGGAAGGAAGCACGGAAGCAGCGUCGGCACAGGCGGUGGUGGCGGCAGCAGCGCAUGAAACCGAAGGCCGCGCGAGUACCGGGGAAGCAGAGGCGCGCGGGAAAGCGUGGGAAGGCGCGCGAGAAGGCGCCCGGGGAACGUCGCUCAGUGCCCCUGCGGAAGAUGCGCGGAAGGACGGAGAUAAAUUCGCGGCUGGGGGGACUUGCGCGGAGAGUGUGCGCGCAGAGGAGGCGGAGAAGGAGCGGGAGCAGGCGGAAGAUGCGACAGAAGGCGGUGCGGAGGCGGAGGGUAACGGAGAGUCUCCGCAGGCGUGCGCGGACGGGAUGGCGGGAGAUGAGGUGGCGAUUGGCGCGCACGCGCACGAAAGUGACAGGCGCGAUCUCGGAGGCAUGGCGCAAGGGAAAGUAAUGGAGGAGGGGGGAGAGAUGGCGGAGGGGGUAUUGGCGGUGGAGGGGGAAGUGGUGGCGGUGGGGGUUGGGGACGGUAACGAGGAGCGCGUGCAAGGGAUAACAGUGAGAGAUAUGGCGGGUGAGGGGGAGGGGGACGCGGAGAUAGGAGAGCGGAAACGGGGAAUGGCGGACGGAGAUUGCGCCCAUGCGGGCGUUGGCGGAAGCUUUGGCGGGGAAGGCGGAGGUUUUGGGGGAAACUGCAAGGGCAGGGGGGGAGCGCAUGGGGCUAUUGCAGCGGAUGCGGAAAAUGGAGAGGGCGCAGCGCAAGAGCAAGGGAGUGCAGAUGGGGUUUGCGAGAAUGAGGAGGAAGGGAGCAGAGGGGAUGUGCGCCUGCAAGGGGGAGAAAAAGCAGAGGCCAUGGACGAUAAGGGGGUGUUGGAUGCGGUGGAGAGGCGUAAGGGGGAGCGGAGUGACAGAACAGACGAGGAAACGGGGAGGGUUACAGCUGUAGAGGAAAGAGAGGGGGUGAUGGGGGAAAGGGGAGGUGUGGGGGAGAGUGGGAGCGGGUGUGAACAUGCGAGGAAGGAAGAGGACGAUGAGUCAAGUGGGUGUGAGUCCAGUGGCGACGGAAGCGAAACCAAGGUUGAAGGAGUGAAUGGUAAGAGGAGGGACGGUGGUUGUGAAGGGGUGGGUGGUGAGAGGAGGGACAGUGGCUGUGAGGGAGUGAAUGAGAGUGAGAGCGAGGGUGAGACAGCUUGUUCGGGGCUUGGUGGCGACAAGAGGAGUGAGGAGAAGGUGGUGACUUCCAAGGGCCUUUUGAGCGCAAGGGCUUCUGAGGAAGGUGCUUCUGAGGAAGGGUUAUCUGGGGAAGGUGCAUCUGGGGAAGGUGCAUCUGGCACUGCUGGUACUGAUGAAGGUAUUCCAGGUUCAGCCACGUUUGGCGAUUCUGAUUCGGACGAAUCUUUCUUCAGUGCUCCUGAAACACCUGAAGUGUUGGAAGCACCUGAGGAGCUGAAAGCACUUGAAGUGCUGAAAGCACCUGGAGUGCUGAAAGCACCUGACGUGCUGAAAGCACCUGAAGUGCCUGGAGCACCUGAAUUGCUGAAAGCACCUGAAGUGGUGGGAACACCUGAAGUGCUGGGAGCACCUGAAUUGCUGAAAGCACCUGACGUGCUGACAGUACAUGAAGUGCUAGGAGCACCUGAAUUGCUGAAAGCACCUGAAAUGCCGACAGCACCUGAAGUGCUGGGAGCACCUGAAUUGCUGAAAGCACCUGAAAUGCUGACAGCACCUGAAGCGCUGGAAGCACAUGAAGUGCAGAAAGCACCACAGACAUCCUGCCUCACCAAAACUCCCGAACCAGCAGAACCAACUGAAGUGCCUGGAGCACCUGAUAAUGGCAAUGCGGGGGAAGCAAAAACUAUGGAAGCAGAGGUGGGGGGAGCAAAGGUGGUGGAAGAAAUGGUGCGGGAAUCAGUAGCAGGGGAAGCCGAGGCGGGCGAAGAAGAGGUGGGGAAAGCAGAAAUGAGGGAAGCCGAGGCGGGGGAAGCAAAGGUAGGGGAAGCAGAGACGGCGGAAGAAGAGGAGGGGGAAUCAAAGAGCGUAGAAUCAAAGGCGGGGAAAGUGGAGAUGGGGGAAGUAGAGGCAGCGGAAGUAGAGGACGGGAAAGGAGAUUCAGGGGGAGCAAAGGCUAGGGAAGUAGAGAUGGGGGGAGUAAAGGCGGCGGAAGAAGAAGAGGGGGAAGCAGAGGCGGGCGAAGGAAAGGGAGAGGUGGGGGAAGUAGAGAUGGGGGAAGUAGAGGCGACGGAAGAAGAAGAGGGGGAAGCAGAGGGGGGAGACGCAAAGGCAGGGGAAAUAGAGAUGGGGGAAGUAGAGGCGGCCGAAGAGAAGGCGAAGGAAACAGAGGUCGGGGGGUUAAUAGCGGGGAAAGCAGAGGCGGAGGAAGCAAUAACGGGGGUAGCAAAGGGGAGGGAUACAGAGCCUGGGAAAGCAGAGGAGGGGGAAUUGGAGGCGGAUGAAGCAGAGGCGGGGGAAAUAGAGGAGGGGGAAGUGGAGGUGGGGGAAGCAGGGGCGGGGGAAAUAGAGGAGGGGGAAGAAGAGGAGGGGGAAGUGGAAGUGGCGGAAGCAGAGGCGGGGGAAAUAGAGGAGGGGGAAGAAGAGGAGGGGGAAGUGGAGGUGGGGGAAGCAGAGGCGGCGGAGGAAGAUGAAUGGGAAUUAGAGGUGGUCAGAACAGAGGCGGGAAAAGCAGAAACGGGGGAAGCAGUGGAAGGGGAAACAGAGGAGGGGGGAGCAAAGGUGGGGGAAGCAAAAAUGGGGGAAGAAGAGGCGGAGGAAACAGAGGAGGGGGAAGUAAAGUUUGGGGAAGCAGAGCCGGAGGAAGCAGAAUUGGGGGAAGCAGUGGUGGUGGAAACAGUUGUCGAGGAGGGGGAAGCGGGGGCGGGGGAAGCAGAGGCGGAAGAAAUAGAGGAGGGGGAAGUAGAGGAGGAGGAAGCAGAAACGGGGGAAGCAGAGGAGGGGGGAGCAGAGGAGGAGGGAGCAGAGGAGGGGGAAGCAGAGGAGGGGGAAGCAGAGGAGGGGGAAGCAGAGGAGGGAGAAGUAGAGAUGGGGGAAGCAGAGGCAAAGGAAAUUGAAGAGUGGGAAGCAGAGGAAGGAGAAUCAGAAGUGGGGGAAGCAGGGGUGGAAUGGGUGGAGGUAGCAGUGCAGCAGAUGAAUGUCACACAUGCUGCAUGGCUCAAGGGCGCAUGGCUCAGAAGUAUUCCCUAUGGCCUGAAUGUGCAUGGUAGUGGUGGAUGUGGUGGCGGUAGCUGCUGCAUGUUCCACAGUGCUCCCGAACCUGCUGCUGCACCCAAACCUGUUACCACUCAUGAGGUUACUGCCACUCCCGAACCUGCUGCUGCUCCCGAACCUGUUGCCAUUCUUAUUCCCACCCCCAAAGCUGCUGCCGCACCUAAACCUGUUACCACUCACGAGCUUAUUGCCACUCCUGAACCUGCUGCUGCUCCCGAACCCUAUUAUGCUUUUCCUGAAGCUGAUACUAUUCCUCAAGAUGUUGCUCCUCCUGAAGCUGCUGCUCCUGUUUCCACCACUGACACAAUCCCUGAUGCUUGUGCAUUGCCCCGAGCUCUUACAAACGUUGAUCAGCAAAGGAAUGUCAACUCUGAUUCAGCGCGUGCAGCUGUCAGGGGACUGCUACAGAACCACCUGACAGUAGUGCUGGAACCUGCCCUGGGCCUAGCCGACGCUGAUGCAGGCACACAGGAUGGACUUACGGGAGAUAAGCCAUGUGUUAUCGGUGCGCAGGGGUUGGUUGGGAGUGUGGCUCAACGGGAGGCAAGUGGGGUGGGGUUCAUGGAGUGGUGGGAGGAAAUGGAGGAGGAGGAGCAGCAGGUGGAGGCUUACAAGAUGGCCAUGGAGGCUGUGUGGUCAAACAAAGGAUGGUCGAUGCUCGUUAGGGGGUAG